AAACGGCCAGCUGGGCCGGUCCGUGAACGCACCUCCCUCUUCCUGAGUGGCUUUUCCACUUUUUUUUUUUGUCACGGACUCAAAGGGAACGACCGCUGUUUGAGUGGAACCAUCCCCAAGGGUCAGGACCUUCACUCUCCUGCUCAGUAAGUCCCACGGAGGAUCCCCACGGCAGGUGUGAAGCCAGAAUCAGACUCUGUGGACUUGAGUGGAAGUGGACUGCGUGGAGGACGCACAAACACCAGCACCGUUGGUUUCCCACGGAGCGAUCUCCCCAAGAGGGCGGGGGCUGGGUGCUUUUUUUUUUUUAUUUCCAAGGGGUACCACUCAUUUCCACACACACACCCCUCCUCAACAGCAUCCUGAGCAGGUCUUCUGGUCACUUCUGAAGAAAACACGCAACAGGUUGGACAGUGAAGGCAACCAUGCCGAGUAAAAGCCAGUAUCUGCGCCCACGGCUGUGCGCACUGGAGAAAGGGGACAACGGCUACGGAUUCCACCUCCACGGAGAGAAAGGUAAGACCGGCCAGUUCAUACGGUUAGUGGAGCCCGACAGUCCCGCAGAGACCUCCGGGCUCCGAGCAGGAGACCGGCUGGUGUUCGUGAACGGGGACGAAGUGGAGAACGAGAGUCACCAGCAGGUCGUGUCCCGGAUACGCGCCACCGUGGGCCGGCUGGAGCUCAUAGUGGUGGACCCGGACACGGAACAGCUGCUGAAGAAACACAACAUGAAGUGUCUGAAGGAGUAUGUGAAUGAGGGGGUCCCCUUACCUUUCGAUGAAGAGGAGGAGGAGGAGGAGGAGGAGGAGGAGGUGGUGGUGGUAGAGAAGGAGAAAGAGGAGGAGGAUGCGGAGGUGGAGAUGGAGAAUGGAGAUGCGCAGCGCACCAAGGGUGAAGAGGAGGUGGAGGAGGUGGAGGAGGAGGAAGAGCAGCAGCAACAGGAGCAGGAGCAACUGCAGGAGCAACAGCAGGAGCAGGAGCAGGAGGAGGAGGACGUGACACCCAGGGAGUCCACGCCAGUCCCGGAGAGCAACGGAGAAAUCCACAGUCACGUCGAGAAGAAGCUGAGCAUCAGUUCUGAAAAGGAGGUGUGUCCUGGGCUGCGGCCACGUCUGUGUGUGAUCCAACGAGGACAUAAUGGAUACGGCUUCAACCUGCACAGCGAGAGGGCGAGGCCGGGCCAGUACAUCCGGGCUGUGGAUGAGGAUUCUCCAGCAGAGAGGGCGGGGCUACUGCCCAAAGACAGGAUAGUACAGGUGAACGGUGCAUCAGUGGAAGGGAAGACACAUUCAGAAGUAGUGGCUGCCAUUAAAGCCGGUGGGAGCGAGACCCGCCUGCUGGUGGUCGACCCCGACACAGACGCCUUCUUUAAGAGGUGCAGGGUGACCCCCUCAUCGGACCACCUCACAGGUCCACUGCCUGAGCCUGUCAGUAAUGGAGGAAUGGAUGAGAAGAUGAACGGUAGAGGAGCCAAAGAGGUGGAGCGGGACUCAAAACUGUCAGUCAGCCCUUCUCCAUCCAACGCCUCGUCCAACACCUCGCUUACCACCCCGCCCACAAACACCCCGCCUGAGGGGUUGAUCACCGAUGCCAUCCCAGCUCUCAACAUGACCCUUCAGCAGGUCAAGGAGCUCGCUCACCAGAAACGUUCCAACAAAAGAGCCCCGCCCAUGGACUGGACCAAGAAAAACGAACUCUUCAGCAACCUAUAGGGCACAUCAGCUCAUCCGACACACAAACAAACACACACACACACACACACAUAGAUUUUAUAUAACAGUGAUUAUUGCAGACAGAAAUGUCACACAGACAUUUUUUAUAAGAAUCUCUGUAUUGUUAUGACUUUAAAAGAGCAGUUUAACUAUUGGCAGAAUUUUACUUUCUGUAAAGCAUAGUAUUCUUCUAACUCGUCAUCUUAUUAUAAUCCAGAUAUUUUAUGUGUAAUGUGCUACUAACAAAAAUAUGACAAUGAGAAAGAACUGGACUAUGUUUAUGUGUAUGUAUGUGCCCAUGCUUUGUGUAUAUGUGGGCGUGCUUUAUGUGCUUGUGAAUGUGUGUCUGUGUUUUGCAUGUGUGUGUGUUUGUGUGUGUGUGUGCUCUCAGUGGGCCCCUGACAAUCCCUGCUGGCCAGAGUGGAAGUUAAAUGACCCACUCCUUCAUCUGUCCCUCUGUUUGUUCAUACUAACGUGACUUUGACUCAACAUCAAACCAGCCUGACAAUCAGUUCAUCAUUUCACUGUGGUUUACAUUAUCGCUUUGUAAAGAUCCAAAAACAUCCGACACAGGACUGAGUUGAAUUCACUUUCAAGUCACUGAUUUAUUUGUGACGAUAUUUGCUUUUAGUCACUUCUUUACAGAGAUAUCUUCAGAAUUAUGUGAUUUUAGACUGAAAUAAACCUCAGUGAUGUCCUACUUGUCCAUACUUUGCUAGAAAAGCUUUAAACUGGAACAUUUCUUCCUUAUAUUUUGCUGUAUAUACAUCUAACAUUUGUACAUUUUUAUGUUUUUUUUUAUAGAAUUUCCACUCUCUGAAAUGAAAAUGAGUUGAGCUUAACCCUGUGUUGCUACAAUGCCAUCCCUCAUGUACCCAUAUAUUUCCUGGACAUAUGUUCUUUGUCUUAUUUUCUGAAUUAAAUGUGAACUAACCGUCCACACUUUGCCAUCUGGUCCCCUUGUGAAUGACUCUUCAUGUCACACUGAAUAUGUUUUAUUGCUUUUGGAGAAUGUUUGUCAGAUUUUUGUCCCUGUAUUAAAACUAUAAUGAUGUUACUCUGAGAUCCUUUAUGUCUAAAAGAAUGUUUUUGCUUUGAUGGAUUGAAUGAAUUUCUCCAGUUUUGGGAACAGUGCUGAUUUUACAAAUGAAUACUUUAGGAGGAGUUGUUUUUGUAGCUUGUGUGAGCUGUAAGUGAUUUCUAUACUUUAAUAAAUGAGUCAUCACAAUA